CUCUUUCACUGACUUCAUUACUACUUGCUCCAUCUCUCUCGUCGUUUGAAUAGCAUGAAUCUCUCGGAAUGUCAGUCACUCCAGAGAGAGGAAUGGGAAGUCUUGGAGGUGUCCAUCUAUCCUGAAUGCGUUUCCAGCGGCAUAUGCGAUACUUCGGUAAAGCUUGAAAUCCCUGUAGAGUUCAGUGAACCUCGUACCGUCUCUAUCUCCAAUGAUGGUCUUUCGCAAUCUCUUUCUCUGACUGUGUUACCGCCGCUUCUGCUGCAUAUUGACUUGCCUUUGGCCUACCCCCUCUACGAUCCUCCACAAUUGGUAUCGAUACACGCUACGCAUCUUUGGAUGCCCCGAUUAUCUAAGCUUCAAAGUACCCUGUCUCGGAUGUGGCAACCUGGAGAAACUGUAUUAUACAACUGGGUUGAAUUCAUUCAUGGCGGAGAGUUCUUGCACUCUGUAGAUCUUACAUCCGACACGGAUCCUACGGUCAUUAACCUCCCUCAUCCAGCACCUCAGCUUCUUUCGCCUUUGCUGGCUGCCUAUGAAGUGUCCUCAAAAUCUAACCGAUUCGCACAAAAUUCAUACCCGUGUUCCAUUUGUCUGACUUCCCAUAAAGGCUCCAAGUGUUUGCAGCUAACAUGCGGUCAUGUCUUUUGCCGACCCUGUCUCGAAGAUUUUUGGCAAAUGUGUGUGAGAGAAGGAGAGGUUUCUAGAGUAGGCUGCCCUGAUCCACGUUGUGUCAAGUUUGGCAGAGAAGCGAAUGAGGAGGAAGUCGCACGUAUUUUAACACCGGAAGAAAUACAACGAUGGCGUCGGUUGAAGGAAAAGUGCAUGCUUGAAAAAGACCCUACUAUCAUGCAUUGCCCGAUGACCUUUUGUCAGACGGCUGUCCCUAAACAAACUGCUAACGAUGAGGAAUCCGGCUGGGACCGCCUAAGAACAUGUCCGUCAUGUUUAUGCUCGUUCUGUUCGAUUUGCAAGCACGCAUGGCACGGUCCUAUAUCGCCCUGCUUGGCCUCUGCGCCGAAUGAAAUCGUCAAAGAGUAUCUUGCGCUGGCUGAAGGCUCGUCACGCCGUGAAGUACUUCUCAGGAAGUACGGGAGAGGCAAUGUUCUCAAGCUCGUCAAUGCAUACCACGAAGACCAACUAAGUCGGCAAUGGCUCGAAUCAAGCACGAUGGCAUGCCCUGGAUGUGAGGUGCACGUGGAGAAAGCCAUGGGUUGCAACCAUAUGACAUGUGCUAGAUGCCAGAUGCACUUUUGUUACCGAUGCGGCGCAAAGCUCAACGGAUCGAACCCAUAUGUGCAUUUCUCGACACCCGGUGCGCGAUGCUACAACAAGCUGUUCGACUUUGAACAGGGAUGACGAGGAAUGGAUCCACGACCUAGAUGGGUUAUGAAUGGAACGGAACUCGAGUAUUGUAGAAUAGACACUCCGGAGAGAUGUCUCGGAAGCGGCCUCAUGAGGAGAGACGGUCGUCAUAGAAUUUAUUAAGUAGAGAAACUUUUGAGGCAGAAUGCAGACACCGAAAGAGGCAACUUGAGG